ACGGCAGUACGCUGUCAGACUGGCAACAAACGGAGAGAAGAAGAGGAGAGGUGAUUGUUAAAAAGCUACAUAAGUUCAGGCUGAGCAUCGUUAGCACGUUUGUUCGAAAACAAAAACAGCAGGUAUUAAAAAAGGAGAAUGUUUAAUUUUUUUUUAAUUUUUAGCCUUUAAAAACUGAAGCUAGAAAGCGGUUCUAAAUUUACAAAUGGAUUCGGGAAAAGUUGUGCACAGAAGAAAGCCGGGGAUCCCUGUAAUUGGUUUGAAAGCAUCCCAGAAGAGCCACCGCCAUCAGGAGGUUAAUGCUAAAAGUCUCGAUCUCAGUAAGGUGAUUUGUCUUCUUGAAGAUCCUUUGACAACUAACUUGAAGGAAAGGCACCUUUUUGUUCUGAAGAAACUACUGAAGAAAAGCCAAAUUGGCUUUCUUUUAAAAGAACUGACAGCCAUCGCAAAAAUACUCAACAUCUGCGCAGAGAAGGUGACAGAUCACCCCGAAUAUGUGUCCAUUCUGUGUGAAGCUCUUACAAUUUGUAGGCUUCCCUUUCUGAAGGAGAAGACAUCUGACGAGCUGCACUACGCUCAGGAUGUCACAGAGUUUCUCUCUCAUAUGGGGUGUCUGAUGAGAGUGUCUGAUGCCGAAGUGAGGCAGCUCAUAUUUGAAUGCGUGAAAUCAUUCUACAGCUCUGUGGCUCCCAAACAGAUGCUCGAUGGUACGGAUGGUACCACACGAAAGCCUCGGACUUUCCCUUCUAACAACCGAUUUUCUAGACUUUCACUAAGCCUCCAGCCGACCUCUCCAGGCUACAGGCUGCAGCUGCUGGAGCGCAGUGAGCUGGCUCAGACACUUCUCCUCUCCAUGGCCACUCUCGAAAACCAGCCCACCAUCAAACUGCAACUCCUUCACAUCCUUCAGAUCCUCUCCAGCUGCUCUGAUAUGAACUGUUCGUCAAUACUCCACGCACGAGGAGCAGAGACGGUAUGUCUCCACAUGAACGACCACGAUCCGUCCGGCCAGGUCCUGUUCCGUUCUUCCGAAAUCCUCUGGAACCUGCUGGAGAGGGGCAACAAGGAGGUGGUCACCGCUCAGCUCGGCACCCUGGAGUGUGUCCUCUCUCUGAAAGAAGCAUUUUUUCACCUGCUGAACACCGGCUCUGGACAUUCAGACCUCCAACUCAGAAACGAUCUGCUCGUGAUCACAACUCUCAUUGCAGAAAGUCCAGGCUCACAGCUUAUUGAGAGUUCAUUUGCCAAACAGCUUGUGGUUUUCAGCACAUUUCCAGAGCUGAAAAGUCACAACCCUUUGAUCCGCAACCUGAAGCUCAGCUAUAGUAACGAAGACUUGAAAAUGAAGAAGUUGCUGUUGAAUCUACUGGUUGUUAUGUCGAGGGACUUGGCUGCCCUGCAGCUUUAUAAAGAAGAACGUGUUGUUCUGGCUCUGCUGGCGCUCAUGAAGCCGCCUGUCGCCUCCUCGUCUGAGUGUCAGUCGGGGUCACGACACUGGUCCGCUGCGCAAAAGGAGGAGCUCCAGCUGCAGGCGCUGGCCACCCUCGCCACCAUCGGGCCGCUCAUGUUGGAGGAGUACAUUUCCUGUGAGGGGAGUACCUGUUUGCUACUCCUGCUGGACUGGUGUGUUGGGCCAGAUUCUUACUUUGGCCAGGGUCACAGCUUCCACGCCACCGGAGGCAGAGGCGGUAAGAAGGCACAGACGCGGCACUGUAUCAGAGUGCUGAGAUCGGUGACUUCUCUGGGUGAAGAGUCUGUAAACCAGGACCUCUGUGAUCAGGGAAUCAUCAACCAGCUUCUGGGGAUUCUCAUGCAGAUAGACGCGGGUCCUGAUGAAGAUGAUGUCGUCGCUCUGGAGAUAAAGUCGGAUAUUCAGGUGAUCCUUUCAACGCUGUGUGAGACCGACAUGCACAGAAAGGAACUGUUUGGCUCAGAGGGAGUUGAGAUGGCGGUUCAUUUUCUGAAAAAAGGCUCCGACAAGUUUUACAGCGGCCUCGGACACAACAAGCUCGUGCUCUCCACAGUGGACUGUGUGUGGUCGUGUGUCGUAGGCUGCUACACCACAGAAGAUUACUUUCUGGUUAAAGACGGGGUGUUUCUUCUCCUCAACUUACUCAGUACAAGCCCCAGGUGUGUGCACGGUGUCGUCCUCGCCACCCUGUUAGAGUUAUGUGACAACCCGAACACGGUGCCGUACAUUCUGACGUGGAGGGACGGCAACGGACAGACGGCUCCGAGACUCCUGCUGCAGCUGUGGAGAGAGGAAGAGGAGGAGCUAGGAGUUCCUCGAAAUCAACAUGGAAGCAUCGCAGAUCCUCAGAGGCCCAUCCACAGUCUUUUCCAGCUGGAUGAAGCUCAGCUUUCAUUUCCUGCUAAUGUGCCGAGUGCUGCAGUAUUGGAGAUGUCAGAGAACCUGCGAUCGAAGAUUUACUCCGUCUUCUGCAAAAUUGGGUUUCAGGAUCUUCCUGGAUUGUUGGGAAAAGAUUAUGUGACUCUGACCAUCAUCAGGAGAUAUCUAGACUUUAAGGUCGGUGAGGUGUGGGAUGAGAUCAGCCGGGAACUGAGUCUGGAAGGCGGUAGGCCGAUCAGCCCCGACCAGGAGGCUCUGAGCACCAUCUGCAAGAUCGCAGAGGACACGGCGAAGAGGAUCGUGGAGGAACAAAACAGCAUCCUGGAGCACCAUCAGAAGGAGGACAUCAGAGAAGAGAAACUCACAUACACAGAGAUGAAGUCUCGCUGGAAGCAAAAGGAGUUCAUGGCGAAGUCAUGGGAGGAUUAUGUUUCCAGAACUUCAAACUAUGAAGCCCUGAAGGAAGUAAAAGCACAGAGGGAGAAGUACGCCGAAUCAUCCAGACCUAAACCAAAGCACGAGGACGCUGCUAUCCGCCCUGCUGAGCAUUUCAUCGGACACGUCGUUGGAGUGGAGAGCACGGACGCUCAGGGUCCGGCAGGAGUGAAGGUGACGCUGGUAAGAACGCCGGUCAGAGCCCCAAGUCAGGACAAAGGAGAACCAACAACACCAAACCCAGACUACUUCAGCACGGCGUCUUCUGCAGACUGACGUUACCGAAGUCACUCUUAAUACAAGGCAUUCACAUUGUCAUGUCACAGCAUUUAUUGUGCUGUAUGCUCAUAAAAUUAAACUGCAUUAAUGUAAAGACUGCAUUAAGGUGUUUUACAGGAAUUGUCAAGAUACAUGAGUAGAGCAGAGGGGUCAGAAAGUUCAUUACAACUUAAAGUGAACUUUACUAGUUUAAAGCAGUCCAAAAUAACUGAGUCCAAUCGGCAAGAAGAUACAUACGGGUUUUUUUUUAAACGGGGGGAAAAAAGGGCAGUGAAGGAGUGACUCAGUGCAAACAACCCACACUAAAAAAAUAAUAUUAUAAUACUCAAAAAUGCAGACUUUAAGUAAGUUAAUUAUGCAAGGUUUUUUUUGUAAUUUUGUUACAAAGUGAAAUGUUAAACAUUAAACUUAAUGGUUAAAUGAAAUUUACUUAAUUGGUGUGCAUUCAGUUUAUACCAAGCAUGUUUACCUUAUUGAUUAAUAAUUUGAAUAAUUUGCAUUUUACUCACAGUUAUUGCUUCAUAUUUAUGAGGACAAGUACUAUUGUUUUGAGUGCAAGGUGUAAUUCUAGACAGAGUGAUGAUUAGGGAUUAGACACAGGUGGAGACUCAAAACUCCAGAGCAAAACAGAAGGAAAAUGAAGAGAAAACAACCUAAAGGUAUGGAAGUUUGUAUCCACCAUCUAAAAAACACAAUUUGGGGUUGUUAACUUAAAAAGAAAAUAGCUUAAAAUUGUACCUUUGCUCUGCCUGGCAAAAUGUUUUUUUCUUUUUCUGUUGCAGAAACAAGCUUGCAUAAAAAAGACACGUACUAAACACAGAGACAAGAAAACUCACAUUAAACAUGAACCCAACAGCAUUAACACAGAGACGAGAACAGAUUGGGACAAUCUAAACUCAAAAUAGGAACCGAAGCAAAAUACAGACCAAGAUCUAAAAACUAAGGCUAGAACAAGAAAACCAACUUGUCAGGAAGAGAAAACAAGAAAGAUAAAAGAAAAAUAAUUCAAGAAAGCUGCUUAUAGUGUUUACAUUUCUGGUUCCUGUGGCUCUCGAGGGAUGCAGCAGAUGCAGACGUGAGGUCACUCCAUGUGUACAAUCAACACCUUGUAGUCUAGCCCACCACCCCAGCCCUUUAUACACACACAGUCUCUGUCCUUUCAGACAACGUUACACUGGCUUACUUUAAUUUCCUGAAGACUUAUCUGAGCCAUAACCAGACUAUUAUAUUUUUAUUUAUUUACAUAUUUUUCAAGUCCUCUCAGUGCGACUGUGAGAAGCAGUAACUUGGCUUUCCUUUGGAGC